AUGAUUUAUUCUGAAGUUGUCUUGAUGAAACAAUAUCACAAGACACAAAUCGAUGCACUUGUCGCCAAAAACAUUGAAAGUGAUAAAAAAAUACUUGCAUUAGAAGAAAAGGUCAACAACCUAGAGCAACAGCUUCUUGCGAACUGCAUUGAAAUUUAUAACGUUCCAAAUAACAACAACACCUUAACGAACGUUGAUAUCGCUCUCAAAGUCUUGUGCGAUGGUUUAAACGUAAACAUAAACAAAGCAGACAUCGAUCAAUGUUAUAUGAAAAAAAUAACAACAAAACCAUCUUCUAAUGCUAAUGCUACUAACAAAAAUGUAAAGAGCACCAACAUCAACAUUCUUCGUGUAAAAUUGGUUUCACAACUGAUGAAGGAAAAGAUCAUGAAAACAAAAAGAGAAAGAAGAGAUCAGCUUACAACUAAUCUGUUUGAUGCGAAAAGAAAAUCAGAAAAUAUUUUUGUGAACGAUUGCUUAACAUAUGAGACUCGCCAAUUGCUUAACAAGGCAUUAUCACUGAAAACUGAGAUGGGAUUUAAAUAUGUUUGGACUAAGAAUGGGAGAGUUUAUAUGCGUAGGAGUGAGGGUGACAAACCAGUAAGAAUAUUUUGUGCUGCUGAUUUUGAUAAAAUAUGA